GUCUUAUCAGGAGCAUCGAUGUCGAAUAAGCUCUAGCCUGCACUCUUCGCGUUCAUUCAUAUGGUCUAGUGACGAUCCUCCAUGAAUAUCGCCUGCAGUCGCUCGAGGUUCACAAACUUACAGCAGCCGUGCUGACUGCUAAGUGCUGGAUGCAGAUUCACAGUGACUUUUCAGUCAGCUAAGAAGACUCCCGUAGUUAAAAUGUUCCAGCACGGCUUUCACCGCAGGAGACAAGUCCGGCGACGGCACAGCGUGCUGCGUUGGGCUGCGCUUCUGCUCGCUUUAUUGUCGCUCUGCUCACCCGCGGCAGCACAAUCGCAGCCUGCCUCCACUGCCGCUGAUGGCACCGCCUCAGAGACAGGCGCCACAGGAGGCGAGGGUGAAUCGGGGCUGCCAGAAACGACAGGCGGGGCUGGGAGUGACGGCGGGGGUGCGGGCGGUCACAGUGGCGACGGCGGGAACAGCAGCGGAAGCAGCGGCGGCAGCGGUGGCGAUGGUGGCGCGUUGGGGGGAGUGUUUGAGCUCCCGAACCCGCCGUCGAGAUUCAAUCCUUCGGCUGCAUGGCACCACAUGCGGUACCGCACCCCCAAUGCGUGCUGGAGCCAGCAGGAGCGACACCUGUACCACACGGCCGACCGGUCACACCCGUCGCAGGCGUUCGUGGAUGCGGUGGUGGCAUAUGAGGCGAUGCAGGAAGAGUGUGUGAGCCAGGAGGGUGUGGAGCAGUGGCAGUGGGUGCGUGACAAGCACAACUGGGGCACGGAGGUGCCUCGCUACGGGCCUGAGAGGAAGCCUUGCCGCUACAUCAUCAUUCACGACCUCGUUCGAGGAGUGGGCAACCGCAUCGCGUCGUACGUCAUCUCCUUUGUGCUCGGCCUGCUCACCGACCGCGCCAUCAUAGCCCCACCCAAGGGCUUCCUCACCCGCCGCUUCUGCAACCCCUUUGCCCGCGGCAACACCUCGUGGACUGUUCAUCCUGACGUGUAUGAACUGCUGCUGGCGUCAGCACUGCCGCUGCCCCGGCUGCGCCUGUCAGCCAUGGCGAAGCAGCUGAGGCUGGCGGGGGUGGAGGGGAAGGUGGACGCGGGGAGGGCGGAUCUGGAGAGGCAGGUGGAGAGGAACGGGUCGGUGUGGAUGGACCUGCACUACAGGACCAUCAACGAUUUCUGCGACCUCUUGUGGACCGCAGCAGACCUCGCCCCCUUCUGGUUCGCCAGCAUCGACGCCUAUUGCCUCCCCAGCUUUUACUACAUCCCCCACUUCGCUGAUCGCCUGCACGAGCUGUUUCCUGACCGGCGCGUGUUCACGCACGUGGCGCGCUUCCUCCUGCACCCCGACAACCACCUGUGGGCCAAGAUCACCUACACCUUCCUUGCCAACCUCGCCCACUUCCCCCACCGCCUCGGGCUGCAGAUUCGCUCUCCAGACGGCAUCGACCUGAAAUUGGCCAGCCGAAUCCUCCAAUGUGCCGUACAAGUGCGAUACUUGCCGCCCACGCAGCCGUACCCCGACGACCCCUCCAUGGCCCUGCCCACGCUCGGCAACUCCACUGGGGGUGGCGCUGAGAGCACGUACCGGUCGUUUCGGACGAUGGGCGUGUUUGUGUCGUCGCUGAGCAUCCGGCACAUGCUGGACCUGGAGACGCACUACGUGCAGCAGCUGCCCCUCACCAACACCUUCGUCACCUUCUGCUCGCUCACCAACGAGGGCAGGGAGAACUGGAGGGAGCAGCAGCAGAUCGACGCGGUCAUGGACAUGUGGAUCCUCAGCUUCAGCGACCGCCUGCUCAUAACGCACAUCUCGUCAUUCGGCCGCACGGCACUGGGGCUGGCGGGCGUGGACGCAUACUCGAUGCAGAUCACAGUGAUCAAGAUGCGCAGCGUGGACUGGCGCAAUAUGACAGGGCCCGUCUGCGAGCGCGUGUCGUCGGAGCCUUGUGACACCAUGGGGGUUCCGGUCAUACAAAGCGGGUGCAGGUGGGAUUUCAAUCGCAGUGGAUUAGUGCAUGGGCAGCAGAGGCCACCAGGAUUCGGCUUCUGCCCGGGAAUGGUUUUUGGCGUGCAGGACCUCAACCCGCUGCUGCAUCCUCUCACACAACAAUGACCAUAACAUGGCGCAUAUAAAUAGGACUUGAGCCUGCGACAAGGUUGAAGGCUCACGCGUAGAAGGCGGCGGCGGAUGCUGGACGGAGACCCAGAGGCCUAGAACCUGGAGUCCUGUGGGUGUGUGUCGAGGGGAAUUGUCAUUCCCCGAAUAAGCUGCUUCGUCACCGUCUUCGGGGUCAGGUGUGGUGAUGCGUUGUUGGGGAGCGAUGACGAGGACAACAGGUUGUGCAGGUGGACUGCAUGUGUCAUCGCGUCUGGCCACAGUGCGUUGGGCAGCCUCAUCCCCAGAAGCAGUUUUCGCAUCGU